AUGUCUGCACACGAAGUAGUCUCGGCCAAGGUGAUGGAUCUGCACACGCAGAGGACAGCUACGUCACAGGAGGGGGACGACGUGUUUGUCACGGUGGAGACGGGUGCCCUCAGGGGCGUUGUGUCGACGUCACACAACGGCACGCUCUACAGCAAGUUCGUCGGCAUCCCCUUCGCCACCCCGCCGCUCGGUGACCUCCGCUUCCUUCAGGGUGUUGAUCACGCACCAACGCCGGCGGCCAGCUGGACUGGAACACGGGAUGCGCUGAGCUACGGCUCGAGGUGCCCUCAGAAAGGCCGUGGCUCCGAGGACUGCCUGUACGUCAACGUGUACGCGCCCCUUGUGAACGACAGCUCUCCACUGGCCGUGAUGGUCAACAUCCACGGUGGCGGCUACACGACGGGUUCCUCUAGAUUUAGGAGGCCGGAUUUCUUCAUGGACAAGGGGGUUCUGCUGGUCACAUUCAACUAUCGCCUCGGUUCUAUUGGUUUCCUGAGCCUGCAGAACGACGACAUCCCUGGCAACGCGGGCCUCAAGGACCAGGUGUUCACCCUGCAGUGGGUGCAGCACAACAUCGCGGCCUUCGGCGGCGACCCGGACAAGGUCACCAUCUUCGGGGAGAGCACAGGCGGCUCCUCCACGUCACACUUGUUCCUCUCUCCGGCUGCGAAAGGCCUGCGGCUAUGA